UUCAUUCUUGACAAGGAAAAAAAAAGGAAGGAAGCAGCAAAUCGGCUGCCAGAACUAGAGGCUUCUCGGAGUUCUUCGCUUCCUCGCCUUCCUCUGCUGCUCGACGUCGAAUCGACCACUCGCAUCGGCCGAAUCGCGAUUCUCGUGCGAGCUCCAUUAGAUUUGGGAGGAUUCGAGUGUUCGGAGGCUUCGAGUUCGGCGAAUUGCUCAUCCGCCGAAUGUUGUUAUUUCGCGAAUCGGUGUGAAAAGGACGGAUUGGUGGAGUCGCGGAGAGGAUUUGGGAAUCGAAUUGUUGUGCGGAAUCGGGCUGUGGCGAUGGAGGAAGAUGGCCUGCGGAGGUUGAUGCGUAGCGCCAACGUGGAUCUGUGGUCCUUGAUCGACACCGCCAUCUCCGUCGCCGCGGCGGAGCACGGGGAGGAGCUACGCGCGAGGAGGGAUGGGAUCGUGCAGAGGCUCUACGCCUCCGAUGGGCGGUGCGGAAACUGUGGGGGAUCCUCCGGCGCCCGAAGCGGCAGCCCCGUGGCGGCGAAGCAGGAGGAGGUGAAGGGAAGAAGCAGUCCGUGGGAGAAGAGGAUAGCGACCGGGGAGGGGACGUCCUCCACGCCGUCGCCGGAAUCGAUGAAUAACGCGAUCGGGGUGGUGGUGGUGGAGGAGGAGGAGGAGGAGGAGGACGAGGAGGAACAAGAGGAAGAUGCUCCUAGGAGUUACGGCCAUUCGAUUGAGGAAGUAAAGAGGAAAAUCCUGGCCAUCAAACAGUUUUUGGAAGAUACCGAUCAGCCGGAGGAUUCUUUGGUUAGCUUGCUGCAGAAUCUAGCGGACAUGGAUAUCACAUUCAAAACUCUCAAAGAAACGGACAUCGGAAGAUACGUGAAUAAUCACCGGAAACAUCCUUCCAAUGAAGUCCGGCAAUUGGUGAAGCAACUCGUCAGGAAGUGGAAAGACCUGGUGGACGAGUGGGCGAAAUCCAAUUCCGCGAACGGCACUGCUUCGCCAGCAAUCAUCACCAACGGAGACUCGCCACUACAGAUAUAUGGAAGGAGCUCUCAAAAUGGCAACCAAAUGCCAGAGUUUGGAAAUUCGCCUAAUCCACACGUCGGUUACUUGAGCACUGAGAGGAACAGUUCGGAACCGAUAGAGCCAAAGGCAAAAAAACCCACACAUAAUCCAGCCAGAAACAAUGGCAGUUCCACCCGCCCACCAUCAUCCUCUGCUUCUCUAGCUAAGGCAAAGGAAAAGAAGGACAACUCCCCGGACGCAGAGCGGCUCGCUUCGGCCAGGAAAAGACUUCACGAUAACUAUCUCGAAGCACAGAAUGCCAAAAAGCAACGAACGAUUCAGGUGAUGGACAUCCACGAGAUACCAAAGCCCAAGAACUCCUUCGUCCGAAAAGGCGUGUCCCAUGGGAAACACUGAGGACUGAGGAGGAGGAUCACUGUAACACAGCACGACUUCUACUGUCUGUUUGUUGUAGACUCGGUUUCUUAUUUUUCUCGACUCUCCUUAUUUCUGAACUCCCAACUACCAAAAUUGGUCUUCUUCGAGCUUUUCUUCUGCGCAUAGAGCAACUUAAAAUAGUUGCACUUGCUUUUCCACAAGAAAGAAAAGCACAACUUUUUCCAUGAAAGAAAUUCUCUUUUUUCUUCUUCUAAAAUACUUUUGGAAUUAGAAUGUCUUGCACAAUUGGCUGGGAAUGUGCAGUGGCAGUUGCUGUGGUAGAAUCUAUGGUCUUGCUGGUGUACAGACAAAAUUGGGUUGCACGCAACUCUUAUCAGGCUGGAUCAAAUGGUGUUGUCAGUUCAUAAA